GGCACACACCCCUCCUCUGCGACCCGCCAGGACUCCGGCUCCGGCUCGGGCGGUAAUUUACUGCCGCCGCCGCCGCCGCCGCUGGCACCACCACUUCGCUGGCGGCUCAGGUGGCUCCCGCUUCGAUGUCCUAGUCCAGGGGCCCCCGGGCCGAACUCGGCUGGGCUCCCCUCACCCUCCCCUGGAGUCAUGAGGGCGAAAGGGGCUCUGCAGGUGCUGAGCUUGCUUCUCAGCCUGGCCCAAGGCUCUGAGGUGGGCAACUCGCAGGCAGUGUGUCCUGGAACUCUGAAUGGGCUGAGUGUGACUGGCGAUGCAGAGAACCAAUACCAGACACUGUACAAGCUCUACAAUAGGUGCGAGGUGGUGAUGGGGAACCUUGAGAUCGUGCUCACAGGACACAAUGCUGACCUCUCGUUCCUGCAGUGGAUCCGAGAAGUGACGGGCUAUGUCCUUGUGGCCAUGAAUGAAUUCUCCACACUGCCCCUGCCCAACCUGCGAGUGGUACGGGGGACCCAGGUCUACGAUGGGAAGUUUGCCAUCUUCGUCAUGUUGAACUAUAACACCAACUCCAGCCACGCUCUGCGCCAGCUCCGCUUUACUCAGCUCACUGAAAUUCUGUCAGGGGGUGUUUAUAUUGAGAGGAAUGAGAAACUUUGUCACAUGGACACAAUUGACUGGAGGGACAUCGUGAGGCACCAGGAUGCUGAAAUAGUGGUGAAGGAAAAUGGCAAGAGCUGUCCCCCCUGUCAUGAGGUCUGCAAAGGACGAUGCUGGGGUCCAGGACUGGAAGAUUGCCAGACAUUGACCAAGACCAUCUGUGCCCCUCAAUGUAACGGUCACUGCUUUGGACCUAACCCCAACCAGUGCUGCCAUGAUGAGUGUGCAGGGGGAUGCUCAGGCCCUCAGGACACAGACUGCAUUGCCUGCCGACACUUCAAUGACAGUGGAGCCUGUGUACGUCAGUGUCCACAGCCUCUUGUCUACAACAAGCUAACUUUCCAGCUGGAGCCCAAUCCCCACACCAAGUAUCAGUAUGGAGGAGUUUGUGUGGCCAGCUGUCCCCAUAACUUUGUGGUGGAUCAAGCUUCUUGUGUCAGGGCCUGUCCUCCAGACAAGAUGGAGGUAGAUAAAAAUGGGCUCAAGAUGUGUGAGCCUUGUGGAGGGCUGUGCCCCAAAGCCUGUGAAGGGACGGGCUCUGGCAGCCGCUUCCAGACUGUGGACUCGAGCAACAUCGAUGGAUUUGUGAACUGCACCAAGAUCCUAGGCAACCUGGACUUCCUUAUCACUGGCCUCAAUGGAGACCCCUGGCACAAGAUCCCUGCCCUAGACCCUGAGAAACUCAAUGUCUUCCAGACAGUACGGGAGAUCACAGGUUACCUAAACAUCCAGUCCUGGCCUCCGCACAUGCACAACUUCAGUGUCUUUUCCAACCUGACAACCAUUGAGGGCAGAAGUCUUUACAACCGGGGCUUCUCACUGUUGAUCAUGAAGAACUUGAAUAUCACGUCUCUGGGCCUCCGGUCCCUGAGGGAAAUUAGUGCUGGACGUAUCUACAUAAGUGCCAAUCGGCAGCUCUGCUAUCACCAUUCUCUGAACUGGACCAAGCUGCUUCGGGGACCUGCAGAAGAGAGACUAGACAUCAAGCAUAAUCGGCCCCGCAGAGAUUGCGUGGCAGAGGGCAAAGUGUGUGACCCACUGUGCUCCGGGGGAUGCUGGGGCCCAGGCCCUGGUCAGUGCUUAUCUUGCCAAAACUACAGCCGAGGAGGUGUCUGCGUGACCCACUGCAACUUUCUGAAUGGGGAGCCUCGUGAGUUUGCCCAUGAGGCUGAAUGUUUCUCCUGCCACCCGGAAUGCCAACCCAUGGAGGGCACUGCCACAUGCAAUGGCUCGGGCUCUGAUGCUUGUGCUCAGUGUGCCCAUUUUCGAGAUGGGCCCCACUGUGUGAGCAGCUGCCCCCAUGGAGUCCUAGGUGCCAAGGGUCCCAUCUACAAGUUCCCGGAUGUUCAGAAUGAAUGCCGACCCUGUCAUGAGAACUGCACCCAAGGGUGUAAAGGACCAGACCUGCAAGAUUGUUUAGACCAAAAUCAGGUGCCGAUCAGCAAAACCCAUCUGGCAAUGGCUUUGGCAUUGGUAGUAGGAUCGCUUAUGAUUUUCCUGAUCCUGGGCUGCACUUUUCUCUACUGGCGUGGGCGCCAGAUCCAGAAUAAAAGGGCCAUGAGGCGCUACUUGGAACGGGGUGAGAGUAUAGAGCCUCUGGAUCCCAGAGAGAAGGCUAACAAGGUCUUGGCCAGAAUCUUCAAAGAGACAGAGCUGAGGAAGCUUAAAGUGCUUGGGUCAGGCGUCUUUGGAACUGUGCACAAAGGUGUGUGGAUCCCUGAAGGUGAAUCCAUCAAGAUUCCAGUCUGCAUUAAAGUCAUUGAGGACAAGAGUGGACGGCAGAAUUUUCAAGCUGUGACAGACCAUAUGCUGGCCAUUGGCAGCCUAGACCAUGCCCACAUUGUACGGCUGCUGGGACUGUGCCCAGGGUCAUCUCUACAGCUCGUCACGCAAUACUUGCCUCUGGGUUCCCUACUGGAUUAUGUGAGACAACACCGGGGGGCCCUAGGACCACAACUGCUGCUCAACUGGGGAGUACAAAUUGCCAAGGGUAUGUACUACCUUGAGGAGCAUGGUAUGGUGCAUAGGAACCUGGCCGCUCGAAACGUGCUACUCAAGUCACCCAGUCAGGUUCAGGUGGCAGAUUUUGGGGUGGCUGACCUGCUGCCCCCUGAUGAUAAGCAGCUACUACACAGUGAGGCCAAGACUCCAAUUAAGUGGAUGGCCCUCGAGAGCAUCCACUUUGGGAAAUACACACACCAGAGUGACGUCUGGAGCUAUGGUGUGACAGUUUGGGAGCUGAUGACCUUCGGGGCAGAGCCCUAUGCAGGGUUGCGACUGGCUGAAGUACCAGAUCUGCUGGAGAAGGGGGAGCGGUUGGCACAGCCCCAGAUCUGCACCAUUGAUGUCUACAUGGUCAUGGUCAAGUGUUGGAUGAUUGACGAGAACAUUCGCCCCACCUUUAAAGAACUAGCCAAUGAGUUCACCAGGAUGGCUCGUGACCCACCCCGGUAUCUGGUCAUAAAGAGCGAGAGCGGGCCUGGAAUCCCCCCUGGGGCAGAGCCCCCUGCUCUGACAAAUAAGGAACUAGAAGAAGUAGAGCUGGAGCCAGAGCUAGACCUGGACCUGGACUUGGAGGCAGAGGAGGACAACCUGGCAACCACACUGGGCUCUGCCCUCAGCCUGCCAGUUGGAACACUUACUCGGCCACGUGGAAGCCAGAGUCUUCUAAGUCCAUCAUCUGGAUACAUGCCCAUGAACCAGGGUAAUCUUGGGGAGGCUUGCCAGGAAUCUGCAGUUGGUGGGGGUAGUGAACGGUGCCCUCGUCCAGCCUCCUUGCACCCAGUGCCACGGCGACACCUGACAUCAGAGUCAUCAGAGGGCCACGUGACAGGCUCUGAGGCCGAGCUCCAGGAGAAUGCAUCAGUGUGUAGGAGCCGGAGCCGGAGCCGGAGCCCGCGGCCAUGUGGGGACAGCGCCUACCAUUCCCAGCGCCACAGCCUGCUUACUCCUGUCACCCCACUCUCCCCACCAGGGCUAGAGGAAGAGGAUGUCAAUGGUUAUGUCAUGCCAGAUACCCACCUUAAAGGUACUCCCUCCUCCCGGGAAGGUACUCUUUCUUCAGUGGGUCUCAGUUCUGUCCUGGGUACGGAAGAAGAAGAUGAAGAUGAGGAGUAUGAAUACAUGAACGGGAGGAGAAGGUGCAGUCCACCUCGUCCUCCUAGGCCAAGUUCCCUCGAGGAGCUGGGUUAUGAAUACAUGGAUGUGGGAUCAGACCUCAGUGCGUCCCUGGGCAGCACACAGAGUUGCCCACUCCACCCUGUGCCCAUCAUGCCCACUGCUGGCACAACUCCAGAUGAAGACUAUGAGUACAUGAACCGACGACACGGUGGAGGAGAUCCUGGGGGGGAUUAUGCAUCCAUGGGGGCCUGCUCGGCAGCUGAGCAAGGGUAUGAAGAGAUGAGAGCUUUGCGGGGGCCUGGACACCAUGCCCCCACUGUCCAUUAUGCCCGUCUCAAAACUCUACGGAGCUUAGAAGCCACUGACUCUGCCUUUGAUAACCCUGAUUACUGGCAUAGCAGGCUUUUCCCCAAGACCAAUGCCCAGAGAACAUAACCUCUGCUUCCCAAGGUACUCAGGGAGCAUUUGAUGGCAGCUAGUGCCUCUGGAGGGUACACUCCUUCUUCCUACUCCCUCUGCCUCACAGGUCUCAACCUCAUUUCUCCAGUGCUAGACAAUUCCAUUCAACAUAUGGAGGCUUUUAAACACUUUGACACAAAAUAGUUGUGGUCCGUAGCCAGCUGUGCACUUUCUUCUCUUUCCCAACCCCAGGAAAGGAGGUGUUCCCUGUUUUAUGUGCUUUCCCAAACUCAUUCCCCAGCUUCCUCAGGGGGGCUUCCUCAAGAUAUGAAGGAUUACUCCCCAUGUCCCUUUUUCUUUCAGGCCCUGACUUGUUGGGAAUAGGCCCUUCAGUAUGCCUUUGUUUCCCAGACUGUCCUAAGGAAGAGGAAAGGGAGGAACCAGGCAGGGAAAAGUAAAAUUUUUGGCCUAUGACUCUUAACCCCCUGAAAAGUCUGACAAGCUUAAAAUUUUGUGGAGCAAAGAGAGGUUAAGAGUAGAUAUUAAUGAUGACUAUUAAUCGAGCAUUUACUAUGUGUCAGGUAUCAUCAUGCUAAACUUUACCUACAUCAUCUCACUUCUGUAAGGUAGGUAUCAUCCUCAUUUUACAAAUGAGGAAACUGAGCUUUAAAGAGAAUAAGUAAAUAUCUUA